AUGGCAUCUCGUGUAGCCCAAAUUGCUGGCCAUCUCAAUUACCCCAAGGGAUUGCUUGCUGGUCAAGUAGCUAUAAUCACCGGAUCUGGCCAAGGAAUCGGUGCUGAAACUGCGAAACUCUUUGCUAAUGAAGGAGCUAAAGUGAUUGUAUCUGAUAUAGAUGGCGCCAAAGCAAAAUCCGUCGCAGAUGAAAUAAAUUCCACGCAAAGUGGCCGCGCAAUCGCAGUUCCAGGCGACAUGCUCGAUGCCGAAUACCUCAAAGUUCUCGUCAAAAAAGCUGCAGAAUUUGGAAAUGGAAAAAUACAUAUAAUAGUAAAUAAUGCCGGAUAUACCUGGGAUGGCGUAAUUCACAAAAUGACCGACAAACAAUGGGAAAAUAUUCUCGCGCUCCACAAUACCGCCCCUUUUAAACUCAUCCGGGAAGCUGCUCCUUAUUUCCGCGUCACUGAUGGCGAACCUCGAUCUAUAGUAAAUAUAUCCUCUACAUCCGGCGUGCAUGGUAAUGCCGGACAGGCCAAUUACGCGGUUGCUAAAUCGGGGAUCAAUGGACUUACGAAAGUUAUUGCGAAGGAAUGGGGUCCGAAGUUUGGAGUGAGAUGUAAUAGUGUGGCGUUUGGACAUAUAUUGACGAGAUUAACUGCUGCGAAGGAAGAGGGGGCUUUUGUGACGACGCCUGAUGGUGAGAAAAUUGCGCUGGGGAUACCGAAGGGUCAGGGGAGUCAGGCGAAGGAUGCAAAUUUGGAUAUUCCAUUGAGGAGGGCGGGGACGGCUGAGGAGGCGGCGAGAAGUAUUUUGGCCGUGGCGAGUCCGUUGUUUGGAUAUGUGACUGGGCAGGUUAUUAUGGUUACGGGAGGGAGAAAUAUGUAG